CGCUCUGCACGUAGGUCCGAGGAAGAGGGGAUCGUGCGUCGCCUCGGCCCCCAUGGAGCCCAACGUGCGCUUCUGGAUCACCGAGCGCCAAUCUUUUAUUCGAAGAUUUGUUCAGUGGACAGAAUUAUUAGACCCUACAAAUUUGGUCAUUUCAAUUGAAAAAAUAGAAAAAUCGAGGCAACUAUUGUUCACAAAUGAAGAUGCAUCUGGACAAGAGUUGGAGGACCAAAGGAUACAAGAAGCUUGGAAAAGGAGUCUUGCAACAGUGCAUCCUGACAGCAGCAAACUGAUCCCUGCUUUUUUUCGACCUGCAGCUUUCCUGCCCUUCACGGUGCCCAUGGUAUUUUUGUCACUGAUGCCAGCAAAAGGGCUAAUGUCCAUGAUUUUACCUCAGGUUUCCCUCUAUACUUACACAACAGUGUUCAACAUUAUCAACGGAAAUGCAAGCUAUAACCGUCGUCCACAUGAGAGUAUACUACUAGGGGCAGGAGCCGCUGCUUCUUCAACCUUCUUUGGAUUAAUCCCUCUUUUUGUCCAAAUGAGGUAUUCCCUGGAUAACCUUUGGAUCAAAAGAGCCUUACCUGUGGUCGUUCUUGCCCAAGUUAGUGGAAUGAAUGUUUUUGCAUCCCGAAGUUUUGAGCCUGUCCGAGGGAUCAAGGUCAUGGACAAGGAAGGCAAUGUUGUAGGCCAUUCCAGAAGAGCUGCACAAAAGGCUGUCAACGAUACAGCAAUAUCCAGGGCAGUGCUGUUCGGGACCUCAGCCUUUAUUCCUGAAGUCUUCACCUACUUUUUUAAAAGGACUCACUUUUUCCUGCGAAAUCCACGGUCAUUAUUGACCGUAAAACUGACUAGUACUAUCCUGGUGAUGGGACUGAUGGUACCAGUUUCUUUCAGUUUGUUUCCACAAAUUGGACAGAUACAGUGCAGUAAGCUUGAAGAGGAAAUUCAGUCUUCAACAGAAGAAACACAACUCUUCUAUAACAGAGGGGUGUAGGGCGAGUUUUAGGUGAAUUUGUCUGGUUGCAGCUUGAAAACCUUCCUCUCUGUUUAAGGAACUCUGCCACAGGUCUGCUGGAGACCCCAGAGGUGCCUGUGCUGACAAGAUGACUUAAGAUGCCACUUGCUGAGACGCUUGCAGGCUGGUUGUGUCUGGGCUUUCAAGGCUGGCUGGAGGAAGAGCCACGAGAUACCCCCUGGGGCUGCUGAGGGGACAGCAAUGAGAAUGAGCCUGUGAAAGGAGACUGUGAAAUUACUAAUAACCUUCUUGAGUUCAGGAUUUGAAGAAAUAAAGGCAGAGGGCCCACUGCGGCCUGGACACAGGCAGUAGAUUGGUAGCCCAGCUCAAGAUAAACGUGAACUUCUGUGGAGCCCAGCGAGGCCUCUAACCCCAAAGCAGUCCUGUCCCCUACUUAGCUUACUGCCAUCCCGGACAGCUACUUAAAAUCUUUGCCACCUUCCUGCCAGCUCUGCUUUCUCCACUGGCAAAUGACCCUGCUCCUCCACUGUGAAACGGAGGCCAGCAACGGAACCUCCCUGGCUCCUCCUGGUACCAAUUUGGCACCCGUCCUUCUGCCCACACCCAUCCUUCUGCCCACACCCAUCCUGUCCUCUGUGCAAGGUCAGCUGUCCCUCAGGCUCUGGGCCCACCCUCUCUGUUUUCCCAGGGCCUUGCUCUGUAGUCUCUGCCGUCCCCUCUGGCUCAGUGUCCCUCUCUGCUGGCUCCUUCCCAGUAGCAUUUAAGCUGCUUCAGUCACUUGCUUCAUUAAAAAAGCACAAACUGUGUUCAUAGCCAGACUUCUUACAAGACUUGUGGGCCCUCAUCUUCUCUGCCCCACUUUCCAUUCAGCAGAGACCGCCUCACCCAUGUGCUACCGGGACGCUCCAGUGUUAUGCUGCUCUCCUGAGCAACAGGCCCCCAUCCAGCUGCCCAGUGGUCUUUGCCAUUUGGAUGUCCCACAGAUACCUCAAACUCAACCCAUCCAAUCUGAGAUGGUCUUUCCCUCCUAACCUCAGCAAAAGGCACUGCCACUUACCCAGUUAUGUAGAACAGGAUCGAUGAUGUCACCCCCACCCCAUUCCACAGACCCGGCCCCACACAGUCUAGUCUAGAACUCCUGGCUGCUGCAUCGCCCCAGCUCAGCCCAACAGCAUCCCCUGCUGGUACUGCUUGGCUCCUGUCUGGCUCCCUGCCCAACAGCAUCCCCUGCUGGUACUGCUUGGCUCCUGUCUGGCUCCCUGCCCAACAGCAUCCCCUGCUGGUACUGCUCGGCUCCUGUCUGGCUCCCUGCCCAACAGCAUCCCCUGCUGGUACUGCUUGGCUCCUGUCUGGCUCCCUGCCCAACAGCAUCCCCUGCUGGUACUGCUCGGCUCCUGUCUGGCUCCCUGCAAUCUUCUAAGCCACACCUGCUGAAAAGCCUUAAAACGCACCUUACAGGUGCGUCAGGACCAAGUCCAAGUUCCUUACUAUGGAAGGCAAGAACCUUUACCGUACUCAUCUCGCCACUCCCAUUCCUCACCGUGGACCAGCAUCCAGUUCCUCGUGUGGGCUGUGGUCACUCUUCUCUGGGCCUUCACACAGGCUGUUCCCUCUGCUCUGGGCUAACGCCUGUUUAGGCUUCAGGUCUGGCUUGGACAUAAUCAUUCCCCCCGGAGGGGGGUAAUCCUUCCAGGAUUUAUGGUACUGAAUUAGGCAUCCCUGCUAUGGGCUCCCGUAGCAUCCUGUGUUUCCCAUAUCGGGUCUAGUGCAAGGGCCUGCUUGCUAAUCCUGUUUCCCCAGCAGACUGUCUUACCCAUAGGGUAGCCCCAGAUACAACACAGGGUGUGAAAGAGUAGGUACCCAAACAUUUGUGUACCAGGGGAACGUUUCCAUCACACCCUGCCCCAAAUCAAGGAACAUACCAGUGGAUUUCAGCUUUCCCUAGGCCAGAAUGAUGGUUAGUUCCAAAUUUGGUAAAAGGAGUUUCACAACAUCCUAAAAGGACAAUGAGUAAAAAUUAUCUACCAGAUGGCCGAGUCUGGCCACAGGCUUAGCACAAAGUUAAAUGCAGAGAACAAGAUGGGCAGAGGCUCCAGGUGGAGGUUGUUACUAACUGAUGAUGGAGUAAGAAAUGUGAAGGCACCUUCCAAGCAGAGGAAGCUGAAGUGAGAGGCAGCUCUAGCAAGCAGGGAAUGGAGGAGGUAGGGCAGGACAGAAGGUGGGGCCGAGUUGUGGUGUGGGGUUGCUUUAAUUUUAUAAGUUUUUGGCAGCUGCCCAGUGCAGGGAUCCAAACCUGUGACCUUGGGGUUAAAAGGCUACACUCUAACCAGCUAAGCUAACCGGCCAGCCCUCCGCUUUAACUCUCACAUAGGUCUUCUAAUAAUUCCCCAGUGCCUUCACCUUCAGUUGAAAAACAGGUUUUUUUCUUUUGCUUUGUUUGGAGUGAGAAUUGGAGAAAGAAGGCACAAGUUUUCACCUACCAAAAACUUUGUUGAGUAUCAAAAUACUUCAUUUUAUUUCUACAUCAUAAAUUUGUCAUUUCCACGACUUUGAUCAUUAACUAAUACAGACAGCCCCGACUUAAGAUGGUUCAACUUUCCAUAUUUUGACUUUACAGUGGUGUGGAAGUGACCGUGUGUGCAGCAGGAGCCGUCCUCCGAGCACCCACACAGCAUCCUGCGUUUCACUUUCAGUCCAGUAUUCAAUAAAUUACACGAGACAGUCAACACUGUAUUAUAAAAUAGGCUUUGUGCUAGAUGAUUUUGCCCAACCAUAGGCUAAAGUGUUCUUAAACAUUUUCAUUGUCUAAGGUAGGCUGGGUGUACUAAAUGCAUUUUUGACUUGCAAUAUCUUGAACUUACAAUGGGUUGAUCAAUAGGUAACCCCAUUGUAUACAGAGGAGCAUCAGUACAGUCAUACAAAAAAAGGGUGGGGGAAAGAUGUUAGUAUUCAUUUUCAUAAAGUGCAGAUUUAAUUUUCAGUUGUUUGCCUCAGUGAACAUCAUUUCAUUUCAGGUAUUUUCCUGCCCCCACCUAGGGAGGGAGGAGAAAAAGGCUAUUUUUUAUUUUUUGUAUAAUGUUAACACCAAAAAGAGAAAAGAUCCUAUAAAGAAGUUUUUUUUGCAAGCAUGUUUCCAGGUAAGAUUUCUAAAAUAACAAGUACAUCUUAGACCUCUAUGCUUGUUUGGCAAUUAUAAGGUCUCUAAUUAGGAAAAUGGUACAGAACAGAGAACAGUUACUUUGCUAUGUGGCCAAAUUACAUUACUAAAGUUGUCUGAAGACAUUCUCUGGCUUUGGUCCCUGCAAGAAGUUAAUUCUCACAAUUCCUUACCAACUAUGAUGUCACUGUUUCAGUCCUGCAGACAUUUAUGUUCAAAGUGGGCCCCUCGUUUACCAUGUAAGGACUAGCAUCUUUUUCAAAAGAAUAUUGCUAGCAACAGGGUUAACUGAAGAGUACUAAUGGCUAAAGUUUGCCAGGUGCUUACUUCUGUAACAAUAUAAAUAUGGAGUAUUAAAGUUGUCUACUCAAGUAUAAAAUCUAAUCAAAAUCUUCAUAGUACAGGCAAAAUGUUCAAAGGCCAAGAAAAAAAUUUUUCUUUUACAAAAGAGUGCAACUGCAGAGUCUUUUGAAUGAUCUUCUAGACAGUUCUGCAGAAAACUUAAGUAGUUUGGCUCAGAAAGUAGAUUUCCUCGCAAGGAAUUAAAGUUCUUCCUAGAAGAAUACAAAGCAGAAUUUCAGGCAGCUUUCUGAAAAUAAACCACUAGUUUAUCGCUACACAGGUGACAAAUGGGAACAUAAUAAUGAAGGCUUUAAGAUUUGCUGUGAUUUGCACAAGAACUUGACAGCUUUUUUUCUCUUACUCCAGGACAUCGGGCUGUUUUAUAACGUUACACGUAGUAGUGACAGCACUUUGUCUGACACUGACAGCAGGCAGGAAACUGAUCUGCUAGAAGAAACUCAGAAGUGUUUUCAUGUGUUUCAGGUCAAAUCUCAAUACUUUCAAAUAAAUCAUUAAAAAUAGAA